UGUCCUACAUAAAAUACAAGCCAUGAGAUUGGAUGUGGUUCCUUAUCCCCAUAGAUUACAUUUACACUGCACCCACUAUUGACAACUCAGUCCCCUUCUCUAAACUCUUCCAUCUCCACCCACCAAAACCCCGUAACCAAGAAGCUCACAAACUAUGGAUUCUCUACCAUUGAACCAAUCUCUCUCUCACCUCAAACUCUCUCCCAAACUCUUUACUUUCCCUUCUUCUUUUCCUUCCCAACAAUCUCUCACCCUCAAACCAAACCACACUAACCCCACUAGUUUCACUCUCUUUGCUACCCAAAACCAAGAAAAACAAUUCCAAGAAACACAAAAAACACUUCCCAAAAACAACAACUUCGAAAAUUUUAAUGAAGAUGAGUCCUAUGGCGAAGUGAGCAAAAUCAUAGGAAGCAGAGCAGUUUCACAAGGUGGGUCCUACGGGAUGGAGUACUUGAUAGAGUGGAAAGACGGUCAUGCCCCUUCGUGGGUCCCAUCUGAUUACGUGGCAAAAGAUGUUAUAGCCGAGUACGAAACACCAUGGUGGAACGCAGCCAAGAAAGCCGACGACUCGGCACUGGCUCGGCUCUUAGCCGCCGAAGAAGACUUUCGCGACGUGGACGCUGUGGACUCGGAGGGACGCACGGCUCUUCUCUUCGUGUCUGGGCUCGGCUCCGAGCCGUGUGUGAAGCUCUUAGCCGAAGCCGGCUCGAACCUCGACCACAAAGACAGCAGCGGUGGCUUGACGGCUCUUCACUUAGCGGCUGGCUAUGUUAAGCCGAGCGUGGUUAAGCUGUUGUUGGAGCUCGGCGCUGAUCCUGAGACCGUUGAUGAGAAGAAUCGUACGCCGUCGGAUUUGGCGAGAGAGAUAUUGAGAGUGACACCGAGAGGGAAUCCAAUGCAAUUCGCUAGGAGAUUGGGGCUUGAGAAUGUGAUUAAGGUUUUGGAGGAGGCAAUAUUCGAGUACGCAGAGGUGCAGGAGAUAUUGGAGAGGAGAGGGAAAGGUGAUGAUCAUGUUGAGUAUUUGGUCAAAUGGAAGGACGGCUGUGAUAAUGAGUGGGUCAAAGCUGGUUUGAUUGGAGAGGAUUUGGUGAGAGACUAUGAGGCUGGGCUUGAAUAUGGUGUGGCUGAAGGGGUUGUGGGGAAGAGAGUUGGUGAUGAUGGUGGUAAGAUUGAGUACUUGGUGAAAUGGACGGAUUUGGAUGAGGACACGUGGGAGCCUGAGGAGAAUGUUGAUCCUGAUUUGAUCAAGGAGUUUGAGGAGAGUCAAUUGGGUAUGGUUGGAAAUGUUGAGGCCCAAUUGAGCUUGGAUGGGUCUUGAAAUGAGUUGGGCUUUUUGGGGUUGGGCUUUCAUGUUCAUUUUUUGUUGUUAUAAUUUUAGAUGAGGAUUGAGGAUACUUGAUUUGGGGUUAUUUGAUUAAUGUAAUUGGGAAACAAAUUUUUUUUUUUCCUUUCUUUUCCUUCUUAUAAAAUAUUGUAAAUUAUUAAGAAAACCAAAUGGGUCUUCAUGGUUAA